CCGUUUAAUUUAAUUUGACUUUCUUUCACCUUACAAAAGUUUACAAAACUUAUUAUUAUAUAGUAGAUAUUCUUUUACCUUUUUAUUUGGUGAUCACAACUUAUAAGUACUAGAACGAUUAUAAGUGAAUAAAAUAGAAAUGGCAUUACCAAUUGUUUCCAUAACCAGACGUGAAACCUUUAGUUCUUGCCAUAGAUUGCAUAGUCCAUUUUUAAGUGAUGAAGAAAACAAAAAAUUGUAUGGCAAAUGCAACAAUCCUAAUGGACAUGGCCAUAAUUAUGUUGUUUUAGUAACAGUUAAAGGACCUGUUGAUCCUCAGACAGGGAUGGUUAUGAAUGUUCAUGAUCUCAAGCAAUAUAUGCAAGUUGCUAUCAUGGAACCUCUGGAUCACAAAAAUUUGGAUCAAGAUGUGCCAUAUUUUAAAGCAGUGGUAAGCACCACUGAAAAUUUAGCUAUAUUCAUAUGGGACCAGCUCCAAAAAAUAAUGGACAAACCUCAGUUGCUUCAUGAAGUUAAAAUAUUAGAGACUGAGAAGAAUCAUGUAGUGUAUCGCGGAGGCAGCACUUACCCCAGGAAAAAGCGUGAUAAUUCUAGCUUGCAUCCUAAUAACAAAUGUUACAAUGUUUCUUCUGAUUCAGACUGAUUUAACUAUAUAAGGUACUACUAAACUAUCUGCAUUCUCUGCUACAGGGCAUAGUAUUAGAUAUAUACAUUAUCAUAAAAAAGGAAUUUCAUGUCUAUGUAGCAUGAUUAUUUUAAAAAAGGUAAACUGAUAAAAUACUUAAAUUUCUUCAUUGCAUGUAAAAGAUCCUCAUAUCUAUCUUUUUCUCUAUCACAUUGAUGCUCGCGCUCGCUCUGUCAGUUCUAGAGUAUACGUUGCAACAAGGCGUUACAAAGCAAAACAAUAGCUGUUUACUAAAAUCACUGACAUUUUGACAAAGGAAAAAUCAUUAUUCACUUACGAACGUGAAAAUAAGUCUAGUCACUCAAAAAAUAUGUACUUCCCAUCACACUUUAAACGGUCAAGUUAAUGUUAUAUCUUCACGCGUUUGUUUACUUAGUUGUCUUAAAAAAAUACCUUAUAACAAUUAUUUACCCACUAAAAAUGCAAUGUGUAUUCUAAUAAUUUGUCCUGUUCAUAACUUUAUUUACAACUUUUCUUUAUUUACACUAAACAAGUUCAUGUGUAAAUAUGAUGUCGCUAUACCUAUGAGUAUGUCACAUGAACUAAACACAUAGAGCACGUUGCAUGUCAUAUAGAUAUCUAUUUUGUAAUUACGAUUCCCGAGGACUCAACGUAGAUUGCGAACUGGACGUGCCUGUAAAAAUGGUGCGCGCUCGCAAGACUGCUCUGUCAUUGGUCAAUGUCGCGCGAUCAUCAAAGAUAGUUAUUGGAUUAAAUGCAUUUUUUAAUUUUCUAGUCAAUAGCGGCGUUUGCAAGGCUGUUCAUUGACCCUUUAGGGUUACUAUAAUAAGUUGUGACUAAUACGACAACGUCGCUUUUUUAAAGGUACUUUUACAGGGUAGAAAAUUUGUAAUUAUUAAGGAUAUGUUUUUGUAUGAAAAGUUUUAUGACAUUUGUGAUACAAAAUUCUAUCAUUAUCGUAACAUAUAUAUGUAAUACUAUAUCUCUUUAAAGGGAAUGCAAAUAAUUUGGUAGCAGCCUAAAUUUUAAUUCUCGAAUUUUAUAACUUUUAUAUGAGUAUAUGCUUAAGAUUUAUACAGAGAAUAUAUAUCAGUGUUAUCAAGUAUUAGUCACUAAGUUAAAUAUAAAUUUGAAAUUAUAACAUUCCAAGGGAAA